GCAGAAACCCAUUGCCGCACAUAAAUUUCUCAGGCCAUUAUUGGCUGUUGAUUGAGUGCACAAGUAACGGGGGAGAAGAAACUCAAAAGAUUGAGGAUUCCAGAAACUCCUUCGAUGGCAGGGAUUGGCUCUUGCUCCACAACUCUCUCCUCCACAAGCAAUUUCUGCACAUCUUGGUUGAAACUUGACACUCGUACUCAUGGUGGAGGAACCAUCUUAGGGCAACCAACCCGCCAUCGACGAAAAUUCUCAAUCAGAGCAGAAGUGGAUUUUGUAAGUGCAGAAGAAGCAAAAGAACUUGUUGCAGUUGAGGGAUAUACAGUCAUUGAUGUCCGGGACAAAUCUCAGUAUGAACGAGCUCAUAUCAAAUCUUGCCAUCAUGUGCCCCUCUUCAUUGAAAACCAAGACAAUGAUUUUGGAACAAUCAUAAAGAGGACUCUCCACAACAAUUUUUCUGGUCUCUUCUAUGGGUUGCCUUUUACGAAACCUAACCCUGAAUUUGUAGAGUCAGUAAAAACCAAAUUCUCACCCGAAAGUAAAUUGUUACUGGUGUGUCAGGAAGGACUGAGGUCUGCUGCUGCUGCCAAUAAGUUGGAGCAAGUAGGUUUUGAGAACAUAGCGUGUAUAACAUCAGGUCUUCAAAGCGUAAAACCCGGAGAAUUCGAUUCUGUUGGUUCGACGGAGUUGCAAGAUGCCGGCAAAGCCGGAUUAGUCACUGUUCAGGGAAAGAUCUCAGCUGUACUUGGAACAGUACUGAUCUGUGCAUAUUUGUUCAUCACCUUCUUUCCCGAUCAAGCAGAGAAGAUACUCGCAAUUUUCGCAGCCAGCUAACCCGAAUGCGGUGCAUACAUUUAUGAGAAAGUUUUGCAGAUCUCUCCAACCCCAUCAAGAGAUUUGAGUAGGGAGAGAUUUUUGAGGCAUCUGCUGCUCUGCAACAAGCUGUAUAAGUUCAGAUCAUGAUAAAAUGUCAUACAUAUUCAUCAUUCAA